CUUUGGUGAGUUGUCGAAGCGGUAAUUGCGUAUCGCUCGGUGUGAGGCACCAACCAGAAGCCAACCCGGUGGCUACGGUGGCUGUUGUCGAGACUAACAAUGGAUGCAGGGGAUUCGAUCAAGUGAUUCUCGAGGGUCUCCAGGCGUCGAGCGCAAACUUCACUCCAGGUCCGCUGCGCCUCUGGCAAGGAAUUGAAUAAGGGACAUUGCGCGCAGCAGCACCGCAUAGCAGUUGCCCCGCGCUCCUCGACCCUCGGCACGUCUUGCCUGGACAGUUCUCGCAUAACCUUAACCGUGGUCUUGCAAUUCUCGAGCCGGAGCGUCCGGAUACUCCCGCCGUGGCCGAUGAGCACGUUGGCGAGGAGAGACGGGAGCUAUGAUGCCCGCUCUGAUCGUGGGUGAUGAUGAUCUUAUGGAAGGCGGGGAGCUUGCUAGGGCCGACGGAUGACACCAGGUCGUGGAGGCCCUGGCGCCCCCCCAUGGCGAGACUUUUUCUCAGGAGACCACGGGCUCAGCGGGCGUCACGACGCAUCUCCCGUUGCCGCAGGGGGGUCCAUGAGGUUGUCGCGGUCGGCAAACACGAUCCCGUUGAAAAUCCCUCUUGUCUUCCGCUCCGACGCUGGUAGGUCACGGUUAAUAACCAAGGUGUCGGCGAGGUCGGGACAAUGGCGGAAAAGCUCACCAGGCUCAACCAGCCGAUUAGGAAUGGCACAUGGACCAGCUGGGAGUUGUUUGCGAUGCCCUUGAGCUCACUUCCCGUUGAUUUCGUCGUAGCAGAGGAGAACGUCGCUGACUCGGUGUUUGCGGAACCAGAUCUCGAUCGGGCCACUCCGUCUGGAGGCCCAAGAGAAGGCAAAGGCCUCCAAGUCCCCUUGUGUACACUCGACCAGGAUCUAAAAGAGUUCACGCUCAAGGCUGGAGUUAGACCAGACGAGGAGACCACGUUGCGGUUCCAGGUCAAGAGGAAGGAUUCACUAUUCUCCUCCAUGCGCGGUGGUCUCGCGAACUCGUCCUCGUAG